CUAAAGACCACGCCCCCUCGAGAUAAAAUUCCCAUGACGUCACUAAAGAUCAUUACGGAAGUGAACCAGGCGACGAAACCAAACAGACAGAAACCCAAAUAAGUUGGUGUGUACGCUUUACUAAUAUUUACAGAUAGUCUAUCAUCAUGCUGGGAGGGGGAUUCAAAGCAGAGAGGCUAAGAGUCAACCUGCGGCUUGUCAUUAACAGACUCAAACUCCUUGAGAAAAAGAAAACUGAGCUUGCUCAAAAGGCAAGGAAGGAGAUUGCAGAUUACCUUUCAUCGGGAAAGGAUGAGCGCGCACGGAUCCGUGUGGAGCACAUUAUCAGAGAAGACUAUCUGGUGGAAGCCAUGGAGAUCCUCGAGCUUUACUGUGACCUGCUGCUGACUCGCUUUGGCCUCAUUCAGUCCAUGAAGGAACUGGACCCAGGCCUACAGGAGGCAGUGUCCACUCUCAUCUGGGCAGCGCCUCGUCUCCAGGCAGAGGUGUCUGAACUAAGAACUGUAUCUGACCAGCUAUGUGCAAAAUAUAGCAAGGAGUACGGCAAGCUGUGCAGGACAAACCAGAUUGGCACAGUCAACGAUAGGCUGAUGCACAAACUGGGUGUGGAGGCCCCUCCCAAGAUCUUGGUGGAGCGUUACCUGAUAGAGAUCGCCAAGAACUAUAAUGUUCCAUAUGAACCUGACGCCAUGGUCCGGCCUGAGGUGUCUCCUGGAGAGGAGGCAGACCUGAUUGAUGUGGACAAUGACAGGAAGCCUGGAAGAGGAGGAGGAGGUGGUGGAGGAGGUGGUGGUGGUGGUGGUGGAGGAUUCACUGUUCCUGUUGGUGCUAUGCCUAUGCCCAUGCCCAUGCAUAUGCCAAUGCCAACAGCUUUCAACUAUCCACCUCCCAAAGGAGCCGAACCGUACAAUUCUCCAAUUGGAACCUACCACAACUUCCAGCAGCCCAUGGGAGGAGGGCCCCCUCAGCUGCCCACUUGUCCCCCCACAUACGAGUCUAUUGAUGACCUAACUGACAAACCUUUUGUUCCCUUCCAGGCCGUAGGUCCUGGCCCUUCGUCUCAGCUGUUUGACAACAAUGCUCUCCCAGAACUCCCCUCUGUUCCCGACACACUCCCCACGUCCUCCUUCGGCAGAAACACCACCAGCUCGGAUGACAUCGACUUUGACGACUUAACACGGCGGUUUGAGGAGCUGAAGAAGAAAACCUAAUUGCUAUAUCCCUGCUCUACACACACACAGGGGCCUGUGCCGUCACCUACACAGCUCAGAACCUUAAAUGAGAAAGGUUCAUGGCUCUGAAAUUCAGAUUUGGAUAGUUCUUCCCACCCCACGGUGAAGUAAUAUUACAUAGAUAUCAAACAUACCUGUAUUCUUACCUCAUUUGUAUAAAUAUGACCUCGACAGUUAGCAGAAAUUUGCUUGGAUUUACCCAUGAGUACCACAUGUUUUAAUUUCUUUCUAAAAGGCACAUAAUAUAUAUUCAAACAUACAAUCACAUGGGUGCUGACCCCUGUUCGCUCCUUCUCAUUUAAGGUGUCACCAACUUUUAACUUUUCAAAUUUGUCCGUGUUAUAUACUAUUUAACCAAACUUAGAUUAUAAUUGUUGCCUUUCUGGGUUUUUUUUCGGGGUCUGAUGAAUAUUUACAGUAUAUGCCUUGAUUCUACUUUGCACAUGCUGUGAUCUUUGCCACUGUGUCACUCAGUCCUGUCUCAGACUAGUCAAACAAGCCCGACUGGCCGCCCCUGUUUGAUGGGGAGCUGGCAUUCACUAACAAAGGCUAGAGUUUGUUUCCAAGGCGAGGCUCUAGUACCCAACAAUCUGUCUCUGUAUGAAGGUAUCGCGUCACAUGGAAGUUAUAUUUUCAGUGUCUUGUGCAGUCAUUCAGUUUUAUCACUGUAGAAAGGACAUUUUGAAACGCUGCUUACACUAAAAAUACUUAUUUAUACCAGGAAAAAUCAAAGCUAAUGGUGAUACAUGUCAAACCUGUUACAGGUGUGGUGGGGCACAGAAUUAAAGUGAUAAAACUGUAUAGAAAUCUUAAAUACAAUAUAUAGCUAAACCUAUUUACACAAAUGAUUGACCUGUACAGCAAAAAUAAUUUGAUAGUUUUUCAAUAUCCCUUCCCCUUCUUAUCGUUGAAGUACUUAAUUUACAAGCAAAAUGUAUGCAGAGAAGAGCAGCCACACCCAAUUUGGUUGAUUAGAUGUAAAUAUUGACCCCAGAAGUUUGUGUUGUCCUCUGUGAUCCUGUGCAUACGUCUUACACUCCAUGUGCUCCACUUCGUUUGCCUUAGUUAUCAUUUCUCAUCAGAGGCCUUGCCAGUCUGUACUAGGAUUAUGCACCAAGACUGGAUACAUUUUACCUGUAUGGAUUAGAUUACACUUUUCUUUAUUUGCUUUGCCCAUAAACAAUUCUCUAAAAAAACCCGUCUGUACUAGCAACAGAGGUCGAUGUUUCCAUUUCCUUAUGGGUAAAUGUGCGUGACAGGGUUUUGUUGUUGUCCAAACGUGACGCGUCGCUGCAGCCUAACCACACCCGGCUCUGCUUGCAUGGCAAAUGGACGGUGGCCUUGAAUAACAUGAUUCAUCAAUCUCUGGAAAGCAAAUUAAAAGGUUUUCCAGCACAGUUUAUUGAUAGGUUUUACACAUGUAGAGAUUAUUAACACUAGGAGAACUGUGAUCUGCUCAAUGUCUUUUCUAUGUUGAACUGUUCUUUCAUGCUAUACAUUGAGACACAAAGUGGUGUCUUGUUGCAAAGAAGAGGAUUUUUUUCCACUGUAUACUAAGAUAACAAUUUAAUAAAAGAUUAUUUGGAACUGGAA